UUACAGAGUUUAGUAUUAUCGAUAAUCUGGAAAUGAAGACCCAUUUAGAGACACAUUUUACACUCAACUAAUCGUUUCAAUUGUUAAUAAUGAGACCCACUAUUGACUUCAGAGAAUGUCUCAAGGAUUCGCCGAAGUUCAGGACCUCCUUGGAAGGAUCCGAGAACGACUUGGAGAUCCUAGAAGCACGGCUAGAAAGGAUGGUGAAGCUAUGCACUUCGAUGAUAGAGACUGGCAAGUCUUUUAAAAGAGCAAGCAGUGACUUUGUGAUUGGGAUACGAGACCUGGCCUCUUAUUUCAAAGAUGAUGAUCUGAUUGUGGAUGAUUCGAAAGUGUGUAAUUGUUUGAAUAAAUUUGCUCAUGAGAUGUCAGAAAUGCUAAAGUAUUUUACAAUACUUUUGGACCAAGCCAAUAGAUCUGUGUGUAAAAACCUGACAAAUUUUAUCAAAAAUGACAUAAAAAAGGUGAAAGAUUCGAAGAAAGACUUUGAGAAAAUCAGUGAUGAAUUAGACUCGGCUUUAGUACGUAAUGCUGGUGUCCAACGUAGUAAACAGCUAGAAUGUGAGGAGGCUGCCAACCAACUCAAGGCUAAACGUUCUGGCUUCGCUCUGGCAUCUCUAGAUUAUGUAUUUCAGAUAAAUAUUCUUCAUUCUAAAAAGAGAUUUGAUAUAUUAGAAACCAUGUUAUCAUUUAUGCAUGCUCAGAGUACUUUCUUCCAUCAAGGCCAUGAAUUGUUCAAGGAGUUUGAACCAGAAAUGAAAUGUGUUGCCUCACAGGUGGAAGAAUUAAGUGCCAAAGCUAGUCAAGAGCGCAAGGAGAUGGAACAGAGACAUAGCCUUGUGCAACAAAAGAAUGUCAAUCUGUCUCAGAAUGAUUUGGAUAAUGAUACCAGUGUUCAACAUAUGGAGGGCUACCUCUUCAAGAAAACAAGUAAAGGAUUCAAGAGCUGGGUCAGGCGAUGGUUUAUGAUACAGAAUAAUCAGCUUGUGUACCGUAAAAGAUCUGGUGUGAAGGAGUGCUCCGUAAUGGAAGAAGAUCUACGUCUGUGUACUGUCAAACCUGUGUAUGAAACAGAGCGUCGCUUCUGCUUUGAUGUCUUGUCUCCAACUAGAAGUCACAUGUUACAAGCAGAAACAGAUGAGGAUUGUCAGAUAUGGAUCACAGAAAUACAGACUGGAAUAAGCAAUGCCUUCCGAUGUGCCUCCAACAUACAGAAUCAAGUCGAAGAGGAGUCCGAAGCCAACAGAACAUUACAUACAUCAACAGAUGAAGAUACUGUAGCAUCGACUCCUCCAGCAUCCAAACAGAGCAAGGCUCAACAGAGAUUGGAACAGCUGUUGUCCAUCCCGGGGAAUGACCACUGCUGUGACUGUGGCUCCGCUGACCCGCGUUGGUCAAGUAUCAACCUCGGCAUCACACUCUGUAUAGAGUGUUCCGGUAUCCACAGGAGUUUUGGAGUCCACCUAUCAAAGGUGCGGUCAAUAACCCUGGAUGCUUGGGAACAGGAACAAAUCAAGGUCAUGGUUGAACUUGGUAAUGAUGUUGUCAACCGUAUCUAUGAGGCCAGUGUAGACGAGUCCAUAGCAACCAAAGCUACAUCUGAUUGUAAAAGAACUGUGAGAGAAAACUGGAUUCGUGCCAAGUAUGUAGAUAAGGCCUUUGUAAUGAAGCUUCCUGGACCCAAGGUGGCUAGUCGAGCACGAGGCUGGAGUGUAAAGAGGAAAACCAAGAGGCCAUCACCAAGUCGCUCCCUAAACAAGGACGAGUCUCACUCGGAUUUAGAGUCGGACGUGACCAGUGGUUUAAUGGAAGGCCGGAAAGUUAACUCUAAACCACCGGUUUUAUCUGUAUCCAACACCUCUAAAGACUGUGACAGUGGACUGGGCGCUAGUGCCUCCGAUGUUAUCGUUUUUGGAGACUCCGAGCUCGAGGUUCCAGAUCUAAGUACUAGUUUGGAUCUGGAGAGUUCUGAGGGAUCGGAGGUCGAAGAUGAUGGUGAUGAUUCCAAGUCUACGACAUCUUGGGAAGAUAUGAGUAAGCUGGACCCCAACAUGCUGCUGUAUAAAGCAGCCCAGGCUCGUAACCUUGCUGUCAUGUUGGAGGCUCUCGCUAACGGUGCUGACCCUAACUGGGUACACGAGGAAGAGGACAGAAAAACCCCACUAAUGAAAGUAGUGGAAACUGGAUCUCUGGCUGCCUGUGAAUUUCUACUACUGAAUGGCGCUAAGUUGAUGCGGAAAGACAAGAAUGGGCGGACACCGCUUCACCACGCCACCAUGAAUGCCAAUACAGG